UGCAAAUCAGUUUGUCACAAUUGUUUUAAAUUAUAAAAAUUUUCUAUUGAUUACCAUGUACGGGCAUUGUCUUUGAAUAUAGGGGCUAGCGCGCAAUCGCAAUGGACAACCUGAAUUUGUACCAUAUUCUUGGCGUGGCAAAGAAUGCGACCGCAGAUGAUAUUAAAAAGAAUUAUCGCAAAUUGGCCAAAGAAUUCCAUCCGGACAAGAAUCCCAAUACGGCUGAUAAAUUUAAGGAAAUAUCGUUCGCCUAUGAAGUACUUUCCGAUCCGGCAAAACGUCGCAUUUACGAUCGGUAUGGGAUAAGGGGUCUGCAGGAAGGCGCCGAAAAUGGCAUGGGUACAUCGGAGUUUUUCACACAAUGGUUUGGCGGCAUAAACGAUGGUAAAGUUUUGAUCAAAUUGGAGUUGACGCUGGAGGAGAUUUACACGGGUGGCAGUAAAAAAACGUUGCAAUAUAAGCGACAGAAGCUAUGUGACAAGUGCAAUGGCGAAGGCGGCCCACCGCAGGGCCGAGAAACCUGCGAGACAUGCGAAGGUGUGGGCCACAGACCUGCCUUCACAUUUAUGGGUAUGGCCAGUUUCGAUGUGCCUUGCUCCUCAUGUGAUGGUCGUGGCUUUACCAUCAAGGAAUCGAUGCGCUGCAAGAAGUGCACUGGCUCCGGCUUUGUGGAACAGCAAAUGCAUCGUGAUAUUGUGGUUGAACGCGGCGUGCCACAUAUGUUGAAGUUGCCCUUUGCCCAUGAGGGACAUCAGUUGCGUAACGGAGAGUAUGGGGACCUCUUUGUGGUUAUCGUGCAGGCUGAGCAUCCCUUCUUCAGGCGUCGCCAUGCAAAUCUGUAUAUGGGCGAUCUAGAGAUUAAUCUAACAGAGGCUUUGUGCGGCUAUACGUAUUGCUUCAAGCACUUGAAUGGACGGCAAGUGUGCAUGGCCACGAAGCCGGGCGAAGUGCUGCGGCACAAUAAUAUCAAAAUGAUGAAAGGAAUUGGCAUGCCGGUGUUCACCAAACCGGAAGAUCAUGGUGAUCUCUUUGUACAGUUCAAGGUGAACUUCCCACCCGAUGGAUUCGCCACGCCAGAGCAGUUGGCCACGCUAGAGACUGUGCUCCCACCGCGUGUAAAAAUUACAGCGCCGGCCGGAGCGCAGCAUGUGGAAAUGUCAGACUAUAAGCCACAACCACGUCUGCCAGACACCGAUGAUGAAGAUGAAGCGCAUUUCAAUGGCGUCCAAUGCCAGACAACUUAGUGGUGGGCAUGGGCGUAUCCGUGGCUGUUACAGGCGCGUUACCUCGCCAUCGAUCUUUGGAACCUGCGGCCCACGCUUGGCGUGGACGAGUUGUGCUUUUUGGUGCCGCUAAUCGUUUUACUAUGCAUAGUAUUAUUUUUCAUACAGGAAUGUCUGCUGUGAUCAGCGCGUGAUGCAAAAUUUUGGCUAAUUUUUUAUUAGCCAGAAAGCCCCUAAAAAAAUCUUAGACUUAGCUUAGCUAAAAGUAUGGAUAGUAGUUGUUAUUAUGCUGUUAUUAGGACCCCAAACUGAAAAUUCUGUGUUAUACUAUUUACUCAAGCCUAAUCAUUAUGCAACUAAAACUAUAUAUUUAUCGAAAGCAAAAUUAUUUGCCAAGUAAAUUUCAAAUAACAUGUACUUUUGACUACCUAUAUCCUAUAGCUCCCUUUAGAAGAAAUAAAUUAAGAAAA